AUGGGAAAAGAUAAAGGAGAGCAAACUGGAAAUGAAAACUCCAGAAGCAUAAUCUUUGAUGGAUCAAAUUUUAUGAACUGGAGCAAAAGCAUCAGAAUAGCUUUGGGAGCCAAGAAUAAACUAGGUUUUCUUGGAGGCAAACAUCCUAAGCCUAUUUCUGGUGAAGAAGAAAUGCAGAAGUGGGAGAGAUGUGACUACAUGGUUAGGUCAUGGAUGCUGGCUACCAUGAAGUCAGAUGUGGCAGCUAGCUUGGUGAAUAUGCAAUCAACCAAGCAGCUUUGGGAAGAGAUAGUUGAGAGGUAUGCUCAGACAAAUGCUCCACAACUUUUUUCUCUAAAAAAAGAUCUUUGGGAACUUCAACAAAACAACCUGAGUAUUGCAGAUUUGGAAGGAAUCCCAGAGUGUACAUGUGGAGCAAUGUCUAAAUGUUCAUGUGAACUUACAAAAAAACUGAUGGAAUUACAAGCCACUGAAAAGCUGAUAAAAUUUGUGAUGGGUCUUAACACUGGGUAUGACCAGAUGAAGUCGAACCUUUUAAGCACUAAUCCAUUAGUGACAGUAAACAAAGCCUAUAAUUUGGUUCUGCAAAUUGAAAGGCAGAAACAGAUUACAGGAGAGAUGACAGCAGCCUUGGAAGCCAGUGCUUUGGCUGUGAACAAACAAGUUCAAAGCAGAAGUUUGGGGCCAUUGAAGAAUUUUCAGAAGAAGGAUUAUUUUAAGCAAUUCAAGAUAGAAAAGAUGGGAAGAUUUUGUGAUCAUUGUGGGAAGAAAGGUCACAGCAAGGAAGAAUGCUUCAAGAUUGUAGGAUAUCCAGAAUGGUAUAAAAAGGGGAAUGAACAAUUCAGAAGCGCUGCAAAUGUGAUGAAAGAUACUACAUAG